AUGUUGAAAAGCAUGAAGAGCAGCCUAAUAGGGGCACUGGCGGAGGAUGGGUUACCUGACGACAGCACAGCACUAGUCCGCAAUCUGGUGAGUGGCAAGGCGGGACCACUGACACUGCCGGAUUUCCAGCAGCUCCUCAUCGCAUCACGCGGCAGGUGGUCAGAGGCUGUGAUUCUUCUGCAAGAAUUGAGGCGGCGGGAUCUGCAACCAACAGCCUUUCAGUGGCAGCGGGACUACGGCUGGGUAACAACGGCCCUUGAAACAUCAGGGAUGUGGCAGAAGGCCUUGGAGUUGCUGAAAGGGAUGGCCUUAAGCGAUCUGGAACUGAACCACGUCGCCGAGACCGCAUCCGGCUGGCGACUUCGUGGUGGAGCUGGGCAAAACGCCAGGAAAGAAGCAACAAAGGCACUACUGAACCCAAGAUUGCGGAAGAUGCUCAUCCUUAGAUUGCAUAGUGCGAAAGCCAGAAGGGAUGCUGAGGAUGUAGAGGCAGUGGCCACUACACUUCGCAGUUACGGAGUCCCGAAACCUCGAGACUAUGUUGUUCUGCUGUCUGCAUAUGGUGCAGUCCAUAUGUGGCAUUCUGCGCUGGGCGUGUUGGAGGAAAUGCAGACUCUGCAGUUUGCUCCCUACAUUGUCAGCUACAAUGCAGCUCUUAAGGCAUGUGAGAGAGGGGGCCAGUGGUCUGCUGCUCUGGCGUUGUUUCAUGACAUGCCAAGUGUAAUGUUGACCCCAGACCAGAUCAGCUACACCGCUCUCAUCGAGAGCCUGGGUCAACAGAAGUUCUGGGAGGAGGCUCUGCAGCUCCUGGCGAGGAUGGACACGGAAGGCACAGCACCGGACGUAGUGGCAUACAGCGCUGCUAUGGCAGCAUGCGCCGGAGUGCGGAAGUGGUGGCUUUCCCUUGGGCUCUUGGCCGAGCUAGAAUCGAGGAACCUGCUCCCUGAUCAAGUUUGUAUGGGCAUAGCUUUGAAUGCCUGCGAAUGGUCGCGGAAGUGGAGCCAUGCAGUAGCUCUCCUACGUCGAGUCACGGGUUCCCAGAAACAGGGCGCAGACCCGCCCGAGGAAGUAGAUUUUUUAGGUCUCACUGCUGCAGAGUGGAGGCCUUUGGAGAAAGCACUUGGCAUUGGUGGGGAAUUGCCAGAAGAUCCUGACGAAGAUCCUGAGCUUGAGAAGAAAUGGCAGGAAUUUCGACGCCGCCACCAGGUCUCAGAUGCGGAUGCGAGAGAGGAGGAAGACUGGAAGGCGGCAGAGCAGGUGGUGCAUACGCUUGGUCAGGGAGAAAUUGCCAUCAACACGUACAUUUACAGAGCAGCAAUUGGAGCAAUCUCGCGCAGUCACAGAGUCCAGAUGGCUUGCACUGUUUUGGCCGAGAUGUUUGAUCGGUUCCCGUUGACUGCCGCGGUGACAGAUGUUGUAAGCGGCUGUGCAGACGUCAGCGACUGGUGCCGCGCUAUUCAUCUACUGACCUUGCCCGAUCACCCGGACACUGUACUUUACAAUGCAGUCAUGGAAGCCUGCGGACGUGCGGCGCAGUGGGAACGCGCAACUCACAUUCUGCAGCAGUUGGCAGUGGAGCGGCUGUCUCCUUCUGCGGUCACAUUCAAUACAUUGCUGUCCUGCUAUGUACGGUGCAAGAAGACUGGAGAGGUGGAGACGCUCCUGCGAAGCAUGCAAGAUUUCAGAGUUGCUCCAGAUAGAGUGACUGCCCGCUUGUUGGAAGAUGAGACGUUGCUUCGGUCUGCACGAAUUCAGGCCCUGCGCCGCGGUACCAUCACUCCACUGGAAAAGGCUUGA